AUAACCGAAAUCAAAAUUAAAAUUAAAUUAAUAUUAGAGCUAUAAAUCUGAUUUUCUGGAAUCAGAAAUCAAAACACCAACAAACAGCCUUGAUAAUUGAAAUGAAGCACAAAGAACUCAAUUAAAAUACUCCAUGUUCUUAUUCUGAAAUCCAGUCGCAAGCAGUAUACUCCAUUCACGAUCAACGACGGCGACGACGACCUUAUUCCUUCUUUCUCCGGUCAUCUUCUCCGACCAGUAGCGGUGGAGACUGAAACUCCUCCGGCGGUCCAGCGCGAACUCCUUCAGGAGAGAUCUCGACACCCAGCUCCGGCAGCAUGCUCCGGCGCACGGCAGCACACCUCCGUCAAACAGCCCCGACUCCAGCGAUAGCUUGCAUUGCCUCCGGCGACUGUAACUUCUCCAAUCUUUGACCGGCGGGAAGGGACGACGGAUAUCGGCUCACUCCAUGGUGCGAAGUGGCCCGAGGUAAUCACGUCUCAAGGUUGGAGGUCGGCUCGUCACUCCAAGCCUCGAUGCGCACCGGAAUCGGCACAAGAAAAGGGUUCCGAACCUCACCGAAAUUGCUCGUCGGAACUCACUGGAACUCCGUCGGGGUUAUGACUCGAACUGUCAAAAUUCCCAACAUGAUCCAAUAUUGGUUGAUGAAUCGAUGAAGUUAACGUUCAUCGUCGAGCCAAUCAAAGCUUUCAAAGCCGUUGAGGAAUUCGUCAAAAGGGAAGGUCUCCAAAGUUCCUCUCAAAGCUUCAAGAUGUUCAUUGCGUUCUUCAACAAAGCAUCAACUAGGUCCUCUUUGAUCCAAAAGUCAAACGGACACGCCGCCAAAAGUGUUAUGGAGCACCAAAUCUACCUCUUCAAGGAUCAAAGUUUCAAAAGCCGUUGAAAAAUCCAUCAAAGUAAAGGAAGAGCAUCCAAAGUUCAUUCCAAAGCUUCGAGGUGUUCAUCGCGUUCUUCACCAAAGUAACAAUUCGGCCCUCUUCGAUCCAAAAGUCAAAGGGACACGCCGCCAAAAGCGUUAUGAAGAACCAAAUCCACCUCCUCAAAGAUCAAAGCUGUGGAUCGUCCAAAAAAGACAUCAAAUCCAAAGCCAAUAAUCAAAACGCCCACACGGAGACCAAAGCCCUCCGAACGACGGCAAAGCUAAACCAAAUAUCAAAGCCACCGAUCGUCCAAAGAAAACAUCAAAUCCAAAGCCAAUGAUCAAACCGCCUACACGGAGACCAAAGCCCUCCGAACGACGGCAAAGCUAAACCAAAGAUCAAAGCUAUGGAUCGUCCAAAGAAGACAUCAAAUCCAAAGUCAAUGAUCAAACCGCCUACACGGAGACCAAAGCCCUCCAAAAGCGGUAAAGCCAAAUCAAAUAUCAAAGCCUCGGACUGUCCAAAAAAGACAUCAAGUCUAAAGCCGACGAUCGAAUCGCCCCACGGAGACCGAAGCCCUCCGAAAGGCGGCAAAGCCAAACCAAAGAUUGAAGUUGCGGAUCAUCCAAAGAAGACAUCAAAUCCAAAACCGAAAAGUGGCAAAGACAAAACAAAGAUCAAAGCUUCGGAUCGUCUAAAGAAGACAUUAAAUCUAAAGCUGAUGAUCAAAUCGCCUACACGAAGACCAAAGUCCUCCAAAAGCGGCAAAGACAAAGCAAAGAUCAAAACCUUGGAUCGUCUUAAAAAGACAUCAAAUUCAGAGCUGACGAUUAAAUCGCCAACACGGAGACCAAAACCCUCCAAAAUGCGGCAAAGCCAAAUCAAAGAUCAAAACCUCAAAUUGUCUAGAAAAGACAUCACAUCCAAAACUGACGAUCAAAUUGUCUGCACGGAGACCAAAACCCGCCAAAGUUCGGCAGAAUCAAACCGAAGACCAAAUCUCUUCGGAUUAAAGAAGCCAUAGAAAACCAAAUUGGAAAACAAAUCGACCCGGAAGGAGAAUCAAAGGACCCAUUUAGAGAAUAAGACCCACUUUAAAUUCAAAUCAAAUAUAAUUUGUACAAAUUUUGUGUUUAUUAAAAAUAACACAAUUUUUUGUCCACAUAUGUGGGAAUGAAUUUUACAAAAGUGCGCAAUGAAUAAAUCAUUGCAAACUAUUAAAUCCAUUACCUCACGAUUACAAAUCCACCCCCACACCCA